UAGCUGGCUUGAUGGAGGCAUGGGAGAUGGAAAAGUUGUUCGCGAGCUAGUAGCCGACAGCAGCAAGCCACCAAACUUGGAAAAAGAAAUGUGGGAGAUGGAUAAAUGGAAGUUUAAGCGUGGUUCUCAGUUACUGUUCUUCAGUAAGGUGACAGGAAAGUCUGUCAAACUGAAACCUGAUGGAUCAGUGGAAGCUACAGGUGAUAUUGAUGGAAAAGACAAAACAGCUAUUUGGGAGGCUGACAAAACUCGAAACAAUAUCUACGUCUUCAGAAAUGUCGUUGUUCCAGAUCGUCAUCUUUGUAUCGAAACCAACAGAAUCACUGGUCAAGGUAAGGGAGGAGCAAACUGUGAGUUCAAAGUUCGUAUCCAACCAGACCGUACUGUGGUUCUUGAAGCAGCAAGGGGUAAUGUACAGAUCGCUACUUUCCUACAGUCUGGCAAGCCUGGUGAUUCUAGAGGACCUUCGAUUGGCCCAUCAAGGCAGCUCCACUGUUAUGUCAAGGGUGCUUUUCGUGAUGAUGGUAUAGUGUUAUUCUAUACAUCAAGAAUUCAAGUCUUUACCGUUGAUCAAGAUGGUAUAUGCAUGGCGACAGGAGGCAAGAGUGAGGAUGCAUACUGGCGGAUUCACAAAGUCAAAGAUGGUGGUGUUCGUAUGUUUGAAAGCAUUCAGUGGCCAAAAAACUUCCUACAGAUAAAGAAUGGAUACUGUAAUGGACAGGGCACUGGAGAUGAGUUUUGCCAUUUUGUUGUGACAAAAUACAAAGAAAAGGGAUUCGUGACUUUGACAUCCAUGCAAGCCAAGGGCCAGUGUGUUGGAUUUCUCCCAGAUGGUGUUACCAAGCCGACGGUUGACACCGGCGAAAAUAAUGUGCGGCUGUAUCCAGAAGUUAUACAGUUUGGAAAACAAAAGGAUGAAGAGCCACCAAAAAAGAAACGGGGAAAAAAGAAGAAACCAGAUCCAGUGGCAACUCCACCUUUAACAUCACCAGAGGUUGAACAAUUUGAAGAUGGUGAUUGGAAAGUGUUUGUUAAAACUGGUAAAAUGGGUACUAACGAGACUGUCGUACUGGUUGUGUAUGGUGAUAAAAAGGUCUCUGAACCCUUUCAGUUGGGUACAGGAGGGGAACUAUUUCAGCCUAGUCAAGAAGAUGAAUUCAAGGUCAAUUUAUUAGAUAUUGGUGACAUAUACAAAAUCAGAAUUGGACUUGAAUCUGAAAAUCCCACUCAAGGAUCCUGGCAACUCAAUCAAGUAAAAAUGAAGAACAUGGCAACGAAUGAACACCUGUUCUUCAAGUUCAAGAACCGAAUGUUCUCUAGAAAUGAAGAUGAUGGCGAUGUGUGGAGGGAGCUACCAGCAGUCAGGCCAGGCAAAAGACCUCUUCCAGUUCAUAACUACCAUAUUGAGGUACACACAGGUACCGAGCCAGGCAGUGAUACCGAUGCCAACAUAUACCUCAACAUAUUUGGUCAGAAAGGAGAUACAGGUAAAAGGCUUCUACAUCGUUCAAACCAAGAAGAGAAAUUCCAAGAAGGACAAAUUGAUGUGUUUGAGCUACAAUCAGUGACUGUAUUAAAGCCUAGUAAGGUUAUUGUAGGGCAUGAUGGGAAGGGUGCUGGUGCAGGAUGGUACUUAAAGCAAGUCAUCAUAAAGGAAAGCGUAGAUGCUAAAACAGAGUACAUCUUUACAUGCAACAGAUGGCUUGAUGAAGGUCAGGAUGACAAUGCAAUUGAGAGAGAAUUAGAACUAACAGAAAUUAAAACAGUUCAAGCCAAUGAUUGGCAAAUCUAUGUAACUACUGGUAGCAACUCAGACUCAGGUACACUUUCAAAGGUAACUCUCUAUGCAUAUGGUGACAAAGGUGUGGAAGAUGUAGUGCUACUUCCAGAACAUGGAAAAGGGUUUCAAGUUGGAACAAUGGAAGAAUUCAAGGUAAAUCUUGGUGAUAUUGGAAUGUUGUACAAGAUCCGUAUUGGUCAUAACAACGGACAAUCAGAAGGCAGCUGGUACUUAAAGACAGUGAAGAUGGUCGAUCUAUUUGAAGGUGGCGAGCUGAACUUUGAGUUUGAUCGCUGGCUGUCAAGGGAACAUGAUGACCUGGAUACAUGGAGGGAACUUCCUGCAGUCAUUCCAGACAAAAAACCUCUUCCAAUUACUAAGUAUUAUGUAAUGGUAUGGACCGGUAGCAGUGAAGAGGCUGAAACUAAUGCAAAUGUUUUCAUGAAUAUUCAUGGUAAAUAUGGUGAUACUGGCAGGAGGCUACUUGUAAAAUCCAAGAACAAUGAACAAAAAUUCAAAUCGGGUCAGAUGGAUGUAUUUGAAAUCGAGGCUGUAUGGCUUGGAAAGAUAUCAAAGGUUGUUCUUGGGCAUGAUGGGAAGUCUGCUGGUGAUGGUUGGUUUGUUGAAAGGGUGACCAUCAAGGAUUCAAAGGCAGCCAAAAAUGAAGUGUACUUUCCAUGCAGGAAAUGGUUUGAUGUUGAAAAAGCUGACAAGAAGAUAAGACGAGAGCUGCUUCCAGGGAAACCGCCUACAAUUCCUAAGCCAGUCAGUCAAGAAGAAGUGGAAGUAGGAACAACAACUAUGAUAGUAAAAUGGAAGAAGCCAGCUUGCGAAUUAACAGGCUACUGUGUCAAAUGUAUGCCAGCCAAAAUUGAAAACCCAGUGAUUACCAUAAAGAAUCCAAACAUCACUCAAGCUGAGUUCAGAGAACUCACUCCAGGAAAAGAGUACGUUGUUGACAUCAUCUCACUGAACCAGGAUCUAGAGGGGGAUGCUGUUACAAUCAGUGCUACUUCAAAACCAAAUCCACCAACUAAUGGUGAAAUAAAAGCAUCCUUUCGUUCAAUAACUGUAAAUUGGGACUCACCCGAUGAAGGAAAUUGCACUGGUUACAAGGUCAAAUUAACUCCAUCUGACUCCAAAAAGUCAUCUAUCAAAAUGGAUGUUACUAAGAGAUCUGCUGAAUUCCAAGGCCUCACACCUGGCAAGAAGUAUCGUGUUGAGAUAAUGGCACUAAGUGAUGAAGCAGAGAGUGAAAAGUUAGUCCUCAGAGAAACAACAAAAAUCCCUGAAGUUGUUUUACUACCUGUAAUGGAUGCUGUCUCAAUACCAGCUACUACUUCCAUUGAGGUGUCAUGGAGUCGGCCAGAAGGGACUUUGAACGGCUACCAACUGAAGUUAGAUCCUCCUGAGGGAGAUGAUCCUGAACAGACUAUCAACACACCAGCUUGCACUGAAGCCAAGUUCACAGGGUUGUCACCUGGUAAAGAGUAUCAAAUUGAAAUUGUUACUACAUUUGACUUCAAGAAAAGUGAUGCUGUCAAAUUAAAUAUUCGAACAAAGUCCAUGUCAGAUCAGGUACGUGAUCCAAAAACAGACAGCACUCGGAAGACAAUCGUUGUUGGUUGGAAAAAACCGGAGCAGGAUUGUGAAGGAUAUCGUGUUACGAUCACUCCACCUGACUCUGAUCAGAAUGAAGUUGUUAUAAAAGACCCACAAGAGGUGAAGGCAACAUUCAAUGGAUUAUCACCAGGACGUGAAUACACCCUCUCCAUAUAUACUACAAAUGGAGAAGUAGAGAGUGAAUCAGUGGAAGUGAUCAAACAUACAAAACCUCAUGAAGUGAUAAAUGCAGCAUCAGAGGCAACAUCAAAAUCAAUUACAGUGCAUUGGGAUCGUCCCUCUGGUGAGCUUACUGGCUAUAAAGUAGUUUGUUUGCCACUUGUCUCAGGUCCAGAGCCUUCAAACCGAACCAAGAGUGAUCUCACAUCCGUUAAACAGUCACCAGGUGUAAAAUAUGAACGAAGCAAAACUGACAUGUCUUCUUCAGACAAGAGUCGAUCAAGAAGUCGAGCAGGUGAAAGAGAGAAGAGCAAAACAGGUGAACGAUCAAAAGAUGAGAAAAAGAGUGAAAGAUCAAAGAGCAGAACUGAUGACAGGUCAAAAAGCCGAACUGGUGAGAGAUCAAAAAGCAGGACUGGUGAAAGAUCCAAGAGUAGAACUGGUGAAAGAUCCAAGAGUAGAACUGGUGAGAGACCAAAGAGCAAGACAGGAGAUAAAAGCAGAAGUGAUGGGAAGUCAAAAAGUAGAGCUGAUGAUAAAGCGGGUGAGAGGUCUAAGAGUAGAAUUGAUGUAAAGGGCAGCAGUAGACGAGGCAGUGUAGCCUCUGUGUCUUUAAGAGAGAAUCAACCUGACUUCAGAAAAGCCAUCACAAUCAAUGUGGAUGAGAAGACAACCAGAACAAAGAUCAAUGACUUGGAAGGAGGUUGUCAAUACAUAAUCGACAUCUUUACAGUAGCUGGUGAACAGGAGAGCAAGAGUGUUAAUCUCAAACAGCGAACCAAGCCUGAGGUUGUCCAGGAGGCCAAAGUGGAGCCACUGACCAAUUCAAUGACCUUCACUUGGCAAUCACCAGAUGGAAAGUUCACCCAUUACCAAGUGAACUUUGGUCUUUCUGGUUCUGAUGAUGUAGAAAUCAGAAUUCUUGAUCGUGAUAGGACAAAGAUAACUUUCUCAGAACUUGAGCUUGAUCGAGAAUAUACCGCUAAUAUUUUCACUUUAGUUGGGGAUGUUCAGAGUGAACCAAUAACUUUAAUUGACAAAACGUAUUCUACAGGAAAGCCUAUGCCAGUAGUAGAAGGAAAAACAGAAAGUACUGUGAAUUCCAUCACUGUAACAUGGAAAAAGCCAGAGGGAAAUUUCACAGAGUUCAAAGUUGAAUGUGUCAUGGCUGACAGUAAAGAGGCUAAACCAGUGGAGAGAAUGGUAGCAGCAAACACAUUUAAGGCAGAAUUCAUAGACCUUGAACCUGGAAAAGAAUACGAUAUCCAAAUUUGGUCAUUAGAUAAGGAGUUACCUAGUGAGCCUGUACAAUUGAAGGCAAAAACAAAAUCUGACAAACCAGAAACACAGGGUGAAUGGACUGUAAUUAUCAAAACCUGUGAGGACUCAAAACCAGUUAACAAUGGAUUAGUUCAUCUUGUUGCUUAUGGAAAAGAUGGAAAAUCCGAGAAACUUCUACUCACUGAAGAGGAAGAGCAUAAAUUUUUUGAAGCUGGAACUAAUGAUGAAUUUGAGAUCAAUGUUGGUAAAAUUGGUGAAAUUUACAAGAUACGUGUCGGCAUGGAAGAUGAACAUUCUUGGGAAGGCUGGCACCUUAAUGAACUCUGUAUGAUAGACAAACACACCGAAGAAAAAUUAACAUUUGCAUUUGACCGUUGGAUGUCUCGGACUGAAGACGAUUUUGAUAUUGUCCGCGAAUUGCCUGCUGUACGUGAGAAUCAAGACGUGCUGCCUGUGAAUGUUUACCAUGUAACAUUAGAUGUUGGUGAUCAUUUAGCAUGCUACACUGAUGCUAACGUUUGGAUUGUGUUGCACGGUGAACGAGGUGACUCAGGCAAGCGACUCCUGUACCAUGCACUUGAGGAACCACGAUGGAAGUUUAUGAAGAGUCAGAAGGAUACAUUCAAAGUAGAAGCAGUUGCUUUGGGAGAGAUCAAGAGGGUUGAAGUAUCACACAACGGUGUAGGCUAUGGUGCUGGAAUGUUUGUUGAACACUUUGUGAUAAAAGAGAGUGCUGAUGCUAAAGAAGAAUUGUAUUUCCAGUGUAACAAGUGGCUUGAUGACCAUGUAGCAGAAAGGAAGACGGAAAUGUCAUUUAAACUUUUUGGUGCACGACCUGUCUAUUUAGAAGAUGAUAAGGAAAAGGAGCCUGCUGAGUCAAAAGGAACAUGGAAAGUCACUGUUAAGACCAGUGAUCUUCCUGAUGCCGGAACAAAGGCCAAAGUUUAUUUGACUCUCUGUGGAGUAAAAGGUGAUUCUGAGCCGCGUCAUUUAGAUCUGGAUGAAUUUGUGCCCAACGGAGAAGGCACUAUCAUUGUUGAUUUUGGUGAUGUUGGUGAAGUCAAAAAAGCUCGACUGACUCAUGACAAUUCAGGAGAAAACCCCAAUUGGCAUGUCAAUGAGAUUAAAAUUGAAGAUGAAGUAACUAAAGAACUUUAUACAUUCCGCUUUGAUUCCUGGUUAUCACAUGAUCAACGAGGUUAUGACGUUCUUGAAAUGCCAGUUAUUGUGCCAGAUGUGGAACCACCACAAGUUUUUAUGUAUCAACUUUGCACUUUAACCAACAAAGAAGAAGACGCUGACACUGAUGGAAAAGUUAGUGUUACCAUAUAUGGUGAUGAUGGCAACACCGGCAAGAGGACGCUGGUUAAGUCAAACAAAGAAACACCCUUUUUAUACGGACAGGUGGAUAAGUUCCUGAUCAAUUCAGUUUCAAUAGGAAAACUCGAGAAAGUUGUCUUCCAUUUCCAAACAGACGUUGAUCAAGAAGCGUGGUUACUAGAUUAUGCAACAGUUAGCGUUGAUAGGUUUUCCAUGGUAGAGACAGUGUUCCCUUGUUAUGAUUGGCUGGGCCUGAACCCAACUACGGGUCAGGCGCUCUUUGAGAAGGAACUCAAGGCUGGAGAUGAAAGACCAGUAGAGACCAUCAUAGAGGAUGAUGGAGAACCACUGGAUGAUGGAGAGUCCUAUUCAAGUGGCAAAUGGUUGGUCUGGGUGACAACGGGUAGAGACGAUGAAAUGGGUACUGAUGCCAAUGUCACUAUUCAAGUUUAUGGUAACAAGGGCUCAAGUAAGGUGCUACCACUAAAGAAGGAUGAUGAUGACAAUCCGGACAAUGAUAACAAGAAGGACGAUGAUAAUAAGAAGGAUGACAAUAAAGAAGAUGAGCAAGAAAAUGAGAAUGGUGUUGAGAAAGCAACUAAGUUUCCACCUGGGUCUGUUGAACAAUUUGAGAUUGAUGUCGGUGAAAUUGGUUCGCUCUACAAGAUUCGAAUUGCUCAUGAUAACAGUAACAAGAACCCUGAUUGGUUUAUUGAAAAGAUAAAAAUGAAAGAUAAGGAUACACACCAAGAAUUCCACUUCUUUGCAAAUCGUUGGUUAAGAGAGCCUGUUGAUAUCAAUGCUGUUGAUGAGGAUGAGAAGGGGAAAAUAGAUGAAGCAAAGAAAGAAAUAGAAGACAAGGAUCAAGCCAAAGAAGAUGAAGGUAAAAAUAAUGAAGAGGAAAAUAAGAAAGAAGAAGAAGAAGAAGAGGAAGAUUUGAUUGAUGAUAUUUGUCUAGAGUUGGCAGCCAUCCGUCCAGAUGCACCAGUUCCAUUGGUUCACAAAUAUGAGGUUGCUGUUCACACGGGUAACCGUGGAGCAUCCUGGACUGACACACAGCCUUACAUUGUUGUCUGUGGAGAGAAAUGCGAUACUGGUCAACGGCAACUGAAGCGUUUAGACAUGUCAAAAUUGGAUAAGAAACACAAAUUUGGUAGAAAUGAGGUGAACACAUUCUUGAUAGAAGCUGUAGACUUAAUAAGACCUAAUAAAUUGAUUCUUGGUCAUAAUGAGAGAGGAUAUGGUGCAGGUUGGUUUGUGGAGAAGGUUGUCAUCAAGGAGAGUACAGACUCACCAACUCAGUUUGUCUUUCCAUGUCAAAGGUGGUUUGAUGAUGGAGUUGAAGAUGGAAAACUAGAACGUGAGAUAAAGCUGCUAGGUGAAGUUGAGUGCACUGAGAAAUCAACAACCAAAGGAAACUGGAAAGUGUCUGUGAGAACCAACAUGAAAUCUUCAGAUGAUAUGGACUCGAAGGUGGCUCUGAUUGUGUAUGAUGAUAGAGGUCAGUUUUUGCGUCAUCCUUUACUGAAGGGUGAGGUGGAAGACAAGAAGCUGUUUGAUCCAGGGACUCAGGAUAACUUCAAGAUAAAUGUCGGAAACAUUGGAGCUAUAAGUAAAGUGAGAAUUGAAGUUGACCAGUCUGAAGAUGAUCCAAAACUGUAUGUUGAAUGGAUCAAAAUGGUUGAUGAGGACACAGAUGAAAAUCUGAAGUUUGAAUUUCCUUCGCGGAUAAAAUUGUGCAAAGAGGCUGCAGCGAUUAGAGGUGGAAAUACACCAGAAACAGUUGUAACUUACAAAGUCCAAUGUCACACUGGAAACACUGACGACUCAGGAACUGAGACCAAUGAAAUAUAUAUGACCAUAUUUGGUAGUAAAGGAGAUACUGGUCGACGACUACUAUCUCAGUCCAACAAUUUUGAUAAGUUCAAGAAAGACCAGGUUGAUAUUUUUGAAAUUGAAGCUGUACCACUUGGUAAAAUCCAUACGAUCCAAGUAGAGAACCAAUCAAAUGAUUGCUGGUUUCUAAAGCAAGUACUGGUCACACAGGAUGGCAAGAGUGAUGAUAAAACAAACCAAGAGAAGAAUAAGUUGAAAUUUGAUUGUUUAAGCUGGAUAGGAACUGAAGGAGAAAAAGAAAAUGAUGAAAAAGACGAUGAUGAUGAUGAAGAUCGAAAUCUUCAGCCUAUUAAAUCUUUUUUUGUGGAAGAAAAUUGGACAUGCUUUGUUACCACAAGUGAUCUGCCUGAUUGUGGGAUGGAUAAGAAACUUUCGUUGGUAGCAUAUGGUGACAAAGGCAAGUCCAGUGUCAUGGUCCUUGAUAAUGGCAAGGACGACAACUAUGAACCAGGAAAGCGAGCAGAAUUUAAGGUAAAUCCUGGAAAUUGGUUUGGUGACUUACUCAAGCUGCGUGUAGAGUUGUUUGAUGAAUCUGAGGAAAAUAACAACCAAAAUGAUACCAGCAAGAUAUCCUGGCAUCUGAAAGAGAUUGAAAUUGUAGAUGAAGCCUCUGAAACAAAACAUAAAUUUGAGUUUAAUAAAUGGUUCUCAAAUGAGAAAGAGGACAGUGAUGUCAUCAAUGAGUUACCUACCUUGAUAAAGGGACGUGACCCCUUACAAUUGGUCAACUACAAACUGGAUUUCCACACAGGAUCUGAUGAGGAAGCCGCUACUGAUUCUGAUGUUUGCGUUACGAUAUUUGGUUCAACAGACACAGGCUCCAGGAAACUUCACAAGACUAUAAAUGGAGGAGAAAAGUUUGACAAACCAGAAAAGGUUGAUUCGUUUUUAUUUGAAGCUGUAUCGGUCGGUCAAAUAAAAUAUAUCUUAAUUCAAAAGGCUUCGGGAAAACCAUGGCAAUUAGAAAAGGUUGUUGUCAAAGAAGGUCAAUAUACAAAUCAGGAAAUGGUUUUUAAUUACAACAACUGGCUUGGUAGUGCGGAAUCACCUGAAGAAGAUGCAUCUCUUCAACUGCAGACUUAUCAAGUUCAGCCCAGUGUGUUUGUGGAUCCAGACAUAACAGAAGCAAAACCAAAAACAGAUGGAAACUGGAAGUUGAUAGUCUCAACUGGUGAGAAUGUUGAUGGUAAGGAAGCUGGAACAUCAGCUAAGGUGAUGUUGACUGUCAUUGGUACCAGUUCGUGCUCAGAUCCAGAGGAGCUUGGCCAAGAUAAUCCUACAAAAUUCCAAGCAGGAACAACCGAUGAAUUCAAUGUAUCUUUAAAAGAAAUUGGAAGAAUUUGGAAACUACGAUUUCACCUUGAGAGCGAAGAAGAUAAUAAAUCAUGGUUUGUAGAAAAGAUUAAAAUGAAAGAUGAAGACACCAAUGAAGAGUUUAGUAUGAGGUUGAAUAAAUGGGUCGGUGGCUCGGAUGGAAAGUCUAAUGCUAUGCUUGAGGUGCCUGCAGUUUGGCCAGAGCUUGAAGAGCCACAAGUGAUGCAAUAUGUCACGACUAUCACCACAUCGGAAAUGGAAGACUCCGAUACUACUGCCAAUGCAUAUAUCAUCAUUACUGGAGAGAAAAGUGAUUCUGGUAAAUGCUGGCUUACAAAGUCAAAUCAAGAUGUAAAAUUUCAAAAGGGACAAGAAGAUGUGUUUGAAAUUGAGGCUGUUGGACUCGGAGAAGUCAAGCAGGUUACCCUAGGUCAUGAUGGAAAGGAUAAAGAAUCAGCUUGGUUGGUUGACAAAGUGACUAUUAAACCUGUUAGUCCUGAAGAUAUCAUUAAGGAAACGGACAAACAAAAAGAGAGAGAAGAUGAUAAAAAGGAGGAAGAAGAUGAUGACAACACAUUGUGUUUCCAUUGUCCUGAUUGGUUGUCAGUAGAUUCAGAGGACCAAAAGACAGAAAGGGUUUUGCAACCAUUACUUGAAGAAGACUGGAAAAUCCUGAUUACAACCGGUGAUGAGGAGAAUGCUAGCACUCAUGCAAAGGUCUCCAUGACAAUAAUUGGUAGUAAAGACUCCUCCAAUGACCUUGUACUUAGCGAUGACCCCAAUGGCACAUUCUUCGACAUUGACAAUACUGCUGAAUUCCAGAUUGGCUUGAAUGACAUUGGUAAACUUUACAAGAUUCGUGUCUCUCAUGACAACAGUGGAGAUGACCCGUCAUGGCUGUUAGGUCAGGUUGUCAUGCAGAAAAUGUCAUCUAAAGAAAGUAUCACUUUUGAUUGCAACAAAUGGCUGUCCCGUGACCAUGACAAUGGUGAAGUGGUUCGAGAGUUUCCAGCUGUACAUCCAGAUAAAGAUGCUCCACCAGUUAUUGAGUACAAAGUACAAGUAGAUACCGGGGAUGAGGAAGGGGUAGACAUGACAGCUAAUGCCUACAUCAUUAUAUAUGGAGAGAAUGGAGAUACCGGAAAGAGAGACUUGUACAAAAAUGUUGAAGAUAAGGCAAAAUUCCAAAAAGGCACAACUGACACAUUCAUCAUAGAAGCAGUCUCCCUUGGAAAGCUUAAGAAGUGUGUCAUAGGUCAUGAUGCUGAAGGUCAACAAUCAGAUUGGUUUGUGGGAAGGGUCAUGAUCAAAGAAACAGAAGCUGCUGAACAAGAAUUUGUCUUUGAAUGUAAUAAGUGGAUUUCUGAUGAUAAAGAUGACAAGAAAACAGAACGAGAAUUGGAGGUAGCCACUGAAGCAGAAGACAGUAGUAAUACAGAUGAUAAAAAGGAAGAAAAUGGUGAUGAAGGUGAUGAUGAUAAGAAAGAAGAAAAUGAUGAUAAAGAUGAUGAUGAUGAUGAAAAGAAAGAAGAAAAUGAUGAUGAUAAGAAGGAAGAUGAAGAUGAUGAUAAAAAAGAUGAAAAUGAAGAAAAUAAGGAUGAAGAUGAUAAGAAAGAUGAAUCAGAUGAUAAAAAGGAUGAUAAUGCCGACAAUGAUGAUGAUAAGGAGGAUGAAUCAGAUGAUAAAAAAGAGGAAUAGAAAAUAUUAUGUAAUGUAGUAAAGUAAAAUGAGGGCGAAGUUAAACUUGCAUCUUCAAAAAAAACAUGAUCAAAGUAAUGUGAAUAAAUAUAUUAAUGCACAAACAUUUAAAAUUUAUUUUAUAAAUCAUUAGAUCAUCAUGAACAAACACAAUCUUUGUUUACAAGAUUACUACUUGCAAUCAUUUCUAUUUAUGUAUUUAAAUAUAUAUAUAUAUUUUAUUACAUAUUUUGUAUGUUUACGGGUUUGAAAGUACUAUGUAGUUAAGGGUUCCAUGAUCAGGGCUGAGCAGAUUGGGAUAGCAGCUUUUGGAGGUCUGCUAACAUUGACAAUGAACCAGUGUUUGUGAUAUCAAUGUCCCGAAUAGACAUUGAAUGCAGAGAAAAUUUUUAUCAUUUUAUAUCAUUUUAAAUUUCUUUUGCAACAUAAUAAAUAUUUCUAGUCCAUUGUAAAAUAUACUCCAUUAGAAAAGAACACCAAGAUCAGAUCUAGUAUUUAUUAUACACUUCAGUAAUUGCUUAUAAUGGAUUUUACCAAAGACACAUACGACAAAUAAUAUUGCAAAUUAUUAUAUGUAUAUGAAAUAUAAUUCAAUUUAAUUAUUUCUAUCGCUCAAAACUUCACUAAUAUUAAUCCUGUAGAAACAUAAUUUUAAAAGUAUAAGUUAUGGAAUAUAAGCUUUGAUUAAAAUUUUAAAAUUAUUUUAUGUAUAGAAUAGGUACUGUAUAUAUGCUUUCAUGUAUAUACUAAUUUGCAAAGUUUACUUCACAGAGUUUAUGCCACUUGUCUUGCAUAAUAAUAAUAUCACCAUGUAUUAGUUUAGAUGCAAUUGAAUUAAUCCAAAUAUUGAUGAAAGGUGAAUUGGCAAUCAAACAAUACAAUAAACAUACUGCUAUUGUUAGCAAUCUUUUUUUUUUGAGAACACUAUCAUCGACAAAUACCGAUUGACUCUUGCUAACCCUUAUGCAGUGGUGGCGCCUGAAAUUCCAGUAGGCUUCUUCUCCGACAGGGGUUCAGUCUUGCCCAUUGGAGAAAUUCUUUGCACCCCCCACCUGGACCCCCUACUGUGCUACCACUGCCCUGUUCAAGACUUGGCUCCUUGACUGGGUUGAUACACACAAAUGAUCAUCUUUAUUCCUCGUGUAUAUAUACUGUAAUGCCCUUGCGUGUUAUACAUUGAAUAUACAAAAUAAUUAUCUCUGCGUUUAUUAGUACAUAUUAGCAUGUAACAACCACAUCAUCCUUAUGCAAUUUACAGUUAAAUUGCUGUUCUUGCACAAGUGUAAAUUAAAUAAUUACCCAACGUAUAGUGUUUCAUGUGUGAAAAAAUAUAAAUUACCACAGUAUUAGUUAUAUGUGUGAUUUUGUUGUCAUUCGUAGGCAGUAGUGACCCUGUAAUAAUAAUUAGUGUCAUGCUUUCUGCUUCAUAAUUUUAGUUGUAUAAUUACAGUAUAAAUCACACGAUAUCCAUGAAUUUUGUGUAUUAUGCAAUAAUUUUAUUCAGAUAAUGUGUACUAUUGAAAAAUCAAGCUUAGCAUAAUAGCAGUGGUUAUUUUUAGACCAGUCUUCAACCAAUUCCUAAUUCUGAUUGGAUACUAUUGUCUUAAUGCAAUUCAUAUAUACAAUAACAUCCAAUCAGAAUUAGGAAUUUGUUUAAGACUGGUGUAACAAUAACCACUGCCUAUUAGUUGGUAACAAAAGGAACUUGAAUUCCAAUCCUAAUUUGAACAAAUAUGUUUUUCUUAACAAAUUAAAUAUCUAUGUAAAAAAAGUGUGUUAAUUAGUGUUGGAAAUGAUAUUACAAUUGCUAUUAUUUGAGUUUCAGUUUUAAUAUUUGUAUUAUUUAUUUGUUAUUUUAUAAUAUGCUAUUGCAGCAAAUCAGUACUCAUGAGGUAGUGUUAGUAUUAACGUUUCUACUGACGAACUUAAAAAUAUACUUAAGUGUACAAUGAUUGUAAAGGCAGGUAAUUCAUAAGCUUGUAUAUUUGUAAGCAAAUGCUGUUCUUACUGUAAAUGAGAUGAAUUAUACUUAAGAUAGGUCUGUAUUUUCAUACGACUUUCUAGAACCUCAGUUACUUUACUUGAAUAGUGAUAAUAUUAUAAAAUGUGAUAUAAUUAAAUGUGUGUUAUUUUCUGUUGCAAUAUCACAUCCUAGCAUAAUUGUAGCACUUACAUAAGAAGUUGAUUUUCAACAAAUGUGGUCUUGAAUAUUUUAUCUAAUUUUAAUCAGUGUGUAAAUGAUGGCCUAGACCAAUUUAAAGUCCUGUUAAUUUUAAUAUACAAUCAAAUUAAAAUGUGCAAAAUAAUUUUAGAUAGUCCUCUAGUAUAUGCCGAUAAAGACUUAGUAUAACGCAUGGAGGAGUCCUCCCCUAGUUACAUUACAGAAGCCAUUAAUGGGCAUUGUGUAUGCAAUACUCUGCUUAUUUGCUAUGUAAUUGAAUUUCAAGUUUGUGUGAUCCUCUGAAAUAAAUCUUUGUGAUGACAGA